AUUACUUUCUUCCAUCAUACCUGCCAAGGCUGAAGCUACCUGGUAUCCAGUAAGAGAAUGCCAAGAUGGAGUCACUCCUGGGAGUAAAAAUUGGCUGCCUGUUCGCCCUGUUGGCUAUCACUCUGACCUGUGGCCUUAUUCCCAUCUGCUUCAAGUGGUUCCAGAUUACUGAAGCUACAGGUYGUCACCGCCGGGUCCUCAGCCUCCUGGGCUGCAUUUCAGCUGGUGUCUUCCUGGGAGCGGGGUUGAUGCAUAUGACUGCCGAAGCCCUGGAGGGAAUUGAAUCCGAAAUCCAGAAGUUUGAGGUGCAGAACAGGACAGAAAUUAAGGGAAAUUCCUCUGAUGCUACUGAUUCAGCUCUUGUGGAGUAUCCCUAUGGAGAGCUCAUCAUCUCCCUGGGUUUUUUCUCUGUCUUCCUUUUGGAGUCGCUGGCAUUGCAGUGCUGUCCUGGGGCUGCUGAAGGAUCAACAGUUCAGAAAGAGGAAUGGGGUGGGACUCACAUCUUUGGAUUCCACAGCCAUGAACCUCUGCCCUCACCCUCACGGGGUCCCCUUCGAGCCCUUGUCCUCUUGCUUUCACUCUCCUUUCAUUCCGUGUUUGAAGGUCUAGCUGUGGGACUACAGCCAACAAUUGCAGCUACCAUACAGCUCUGUCUUGCUGUCUUGGCUCAUAAGGGGCUUGUAGUUUUUGGCAUAGGACUGCGUCUGGUGAAGAUAGGCACUGGAUCACGAUGGGCCCUGUUCUCCAUAUUAKUAUUAGCUCUCAUGUCCCCUUUGGGACUAGCCCUAGGGCUGACUGUGGCUGGAGGGGAUCCUGAAGGGGGACAAGGCUUAGCCCAGGCUGUAUUAGAGGGUGUGGCAGCUGGCACAUUCCUAUAUGUUACCUUCCUGGAAAUUCUGCCCCGGGAGCUAGCUGGUCCUGAGGCCCCUUUGACCAAGUGGAGCUGUGUAGCUGUUGGUUUUGCCUUCAUGGCCUUUAUUGCUUUAUGGGCCUGAGAGAUCUCUAAUGGACCUACCUAGAAGGACCUCUCUACCCCCAGUAGAUACUUGCUAUGACUGACCCUCGGACUUUUUUUUACUGAGACUAAAUUAUAUUCACUAUGCAUUCGUAUGCGCUGGACCUCAGCUUUUACCUACAUAAGAUCCCAUUUCGCACUCAGAACUGAGAAAAGGAGGUUUAGGUUGAGUGCCUAUGUUUGUUUGUUUGU